AUGAUCAACCGUAGCUACAACAAAUUGAAACAGAGUGCACCGAAAAGCUCGAGCGAUGAUGCCGACUCCAACGAUGAGACGUCAUCUGGCACGGCCGAGUCGGGGACAAGCUCCGACACGGAGUCCGAAAUGGAUACCACCGAGACGUCGUUUUCGUCGAAAAGUGCCACCGAGUGCGGCGCUAACUCCGGCCAACCGUGCAAGCAACUCCAGGGCCAGCAGGGCCUGCUGCGGAUGAACAAUCGCAACUAUGCGGUCUACUGCGGCGAGUCGGGUCCGAAAUCUGCGAAACAUCUCUGCAACCAUCAUCAUCAUCACCACCAUCAUCACCAUCAUCACCGCGACGGUGAUGAUGAGAGUAAAAAGGAGGUGAAUUGUUGUAGAAGUGCUCUCGACCAAAAUGCGCGCCAUGUACAUAGAAUCAAGAAAUCGAAGAAAACGUUACCGAUCAGUAUUUGCAUUCUCAACUGCCGCUACGACAUCAUUCCGCGGGUCUGCAAGCGACUUGGCUACCGGCUCGUCGGUGAAUCCGACCUAUGGAACGUCUGCUGGACGGACUCGUUCGUCGGGGUGGACUUUUGCCGCGACAUGCGCCGCUUCCAGAAGGUGAACCACUUUCCGGGCAUGUUCGAAAUCUGUCGCAAGGAUUUGCUGGCGAGGAACCUGAAUCGCAUGCUGAAGCUAUUCCCGUUGGAUUAUCAGAUUUUCCCGAAAACUUGGUGCUUCCCGGCAGACCUAGGUGAUGCGAUCGCCUACAGCCGGACACAUCGCAGCAAAACGUUCAUCCUGAAGCCGGACCAAGGUUCGCAGGGAAAGGGCAUUUUUCUGACGAAAAAUCUUAAAGAAAUCAACCCGAAGGACCGGAUGAUCUGCCAGGUGUACAUCACGAAACCGCUGCUCAUCGAUGGUUACAAGUUCGAUCUGCGCGUCUACACGCUGGUCACGUCGACCGAUCCACUGCGAAUUUUCGUGUACAAUGAGGGAUUAGCAAGAUUCGCUACCAACAAGUACAAAGAACCGUGUGUAACAAAUGCGUCCAACAACUUCAUGCAUCUGACAAACUACUCCGUCAACAAGUACAGCCGGACGUUUUCGAAUGACGACGAGGCCGGCUCGAAGCGUCGCUUCUCGACGCUGAACCGUAUCCUGACGGCCGAAGGCUACGACAUAGCCGAGCUGUGGAGCAACAUCGACGACGUGAUCGUGAAGACGGUGAUGAGCGCAUGGCCGAUGCUGAAGCACACCUAUACGGCAAGCUUCCCGACGCACGACAUUAUACAGGCGUGCUUCGAGGUGCUUGGCUUCGACAUCCUGAUCGACCACAAGCUGAAACCGUACGUGCUGGAGGUGAACCACUCGCCCUCGUUCCAUACGGACGAGGCGAUCGACAAGGAGAUCAAGGAGGCCCUCAUCGCGGACACCUUCGUUAUGCUCAAUCUCAACGGUGAAGUGAAGAAGCGUGUGCUGGAGGAGGACAAACGGCGCAUCCAGAAUCGGCUGCUGCAGCGGCUCCGGGACUACUCGAAGCAGACUGGUCCCAAGGAGCAGGGACAGCAGCAGCAGCAGCCGGGACAGACGGGUGCGUCCGGGAGCCGCGACGGUACGAACGAGAACGAUGACGAUCUGUCCGGCGAGGAAGGGAUGGGCCCGUGGGCCGAACAGAUCAACUGGGAGGAGACACAUCUCGGCGGGUACCGGCGCAUUCUGCCCGCACCGGGCGAUCCGAACCGGUACCUGCAGUUCUUCAUCGCCCAAAGCCACGCCUCGGUGUACAACGAGACGGCGGCAAGUAAGCGACGCGAGGAGUGUGCCAAACAGCAGCGCAUCGAGCUGGAGGAACGCUUCCGGCUGAACCAGGCCAUCCUGCACAAGCACAAUCCGAAGCUGCAGAAGGGCGGCCUGUGCGGAGGAGAGGACGGAGCGGGUGGCGGCGGCGGCGGUACCGGUGCCGGAUCGCUAGCGGCGAAGAAGAAGAUCCGCAAGCGGAAGGUCUCGAAGGUGACGAAAAAACACGACGACUUCACGCCGGACCCAAUUGCGGAUUACGAGGAACGGGAGCGGAUGGCGUUGCUGGGCCAGCGGGAUUUUCUUAUCCGCACGUGUGGACUGGUGCAGAGUUUGUACAUCAACUUCCACCGGAACAAACUGCUUACAGACUCCGAUCGGCGCAAGUACAAGGACACGUACGCGAAGCUGAUCGCCAACGAUCACCUCACCCAGUCGGAGUCGUCACCGCAAUCGAACCACACGUUCUCGACCAUCCACAGCACCAGCACCGUUGCGGGAUCGGUCGCUCCCUACCCUGGCAAUCACGGUGGUGGCACGUUGAGCUCCACCGCCAACGGCACCACCACCUGUCUGCCCAGUCUGCCGAAUCCGAGCGCGCAUCAUCUUCAUCAUUACAACCAUCACCAUGCGAAUCAGCAGCAGCAGCAGCAGCAGCAGCAAAGCCAGCAGCUCCAGAAACUGCAAAUCAAAAGUCUGGUCGCGAUCAAUGACGUCACCUCGUGGAUGCAGUGCUCGGAAGUACCGGUGCAGAGCCGACCCCCACUGCCGUAUCUUCUCGCCACGCAACCGACCAACUACCGCAGCACCAAAUCAACGAUGGCGCGCCAGGUGACGAACGUGGUCAAACGGCACAGUAUGGAAUCACGCCAGUACUACACCUCGGACAAGAUUAUCUAG